AUGGCCGCUCAAAGCGAAACAAACGUUCACUCGAACGAGAGUGCUCAAUCUGCCAACACAACGCCCACGGCCAGUGUAUGCGGGAAUGAUCCAGAGAAGGGAGCAGAGCCCGAAAAGGCUGCGGAAAAAUCACUUGCCAAUGGCCCGGCGCCUGCAACACCGGUAAUCGGACCACCACCAGAUGGAGGUGCGCAAGCAUGGCUCGUUGUGCUAGGAGCUUUCUCCGGGCUAUUCGUGAGCUUCGGCUGGAUCAACUGCAUCGGAGUCUUCCAAACAUACUAUGAAAGUCACCAACUGAGCACCUAUUCCACCAGCACAGUAACAUGGAUCACAUCCCUCGAGACCUUCGUCAUGUUCUUCUGCGGUCCAAUCUUCGGCACACUCUUCGACAGCUAUGGUCCACGCAACAUCCUCCUCCUCGGCACCUUCCUCCACGUCUUCGGUCUCAUGAUGGCCUCCCUCUCAACAGAGUACUACCAAUUCAUUCUUGCGCAAGGAAUCUGCAGCCCCAUCGGCGCAAGCGCCAUCUUCAACGCCUCCGUCAACUCCGUCAGCACCUGGUUUGCCCAGCGCCGCGCCUUCGCCCUCGGCAUCACUGCCUCCGGAUCAAGUCUCGGUGGUGUCAUCUUCCCCAUCAUGGUCACCCAGCUGAUUCCUAAAGUCGGGUUUCCCUGGGCGAUGCGUAUUUGCGCAUUCCUGAUUCUCUUCAUGCUGGGUAUUGCCAAUGCGACUCUCAGGUCGAGAUUGCCGCAUCGGCCUAAGCAAUUUGAUAUUCUGGGUUUUGUGCGGCCGUUGGCUGAGUUGAAGUUUGCAUUGACGGUCGCGGGUGCCUUCUGUUUCUUCUGGGGUAUGUUCUUGCCGUUCACUUUUGUGAUCACCCAGGCGGAACGGUAUGGCAUGUCUGAGAGAAUGGCGGGGUAUCUGAUUCCCAUUUUGAAUGCUGCCAGGUAUGUAUUGUCCUUCGGAUUUCGGUUCUCUUCUAACGUGUUUUUCAGUAUCUUCGGACGUACCUUGCCCGGUUACCUGGCCGACAAAGUCGGUCGCUACAACACGAUGGUCGUCACGACGUUCUUCUCUGCGAUUCUCGUGUUGGCGCUGUGGCUGCCUGCCCGCGGCAAUAUUCCGGCCAUCAUUUUCAGUGCCUUGUACGGAUUUGGAUCCGGGGCCUUUGUUUCCUUGGCGCCGGCGUGUGUGGCGCAGAUCUCGGAUCUGCGACAGGUGGGUGUUCGCAAUGGCACGUUCUUUGCGGUGAUUUCCUUUGCGGCGUUGACGGGUACGCCGAUUGGGGGUGCGUUGGUGCCGGAUGUGCUGCAUGGGGAUUAUACUCAUUUGCAGAUCUUCUGUGGUGUUGUGGUGAUCACGGGAGCGUGUUUGUUUGUUUUGGCUCGGGGGGUUAUUGGGGGGUUCAAGUUGCAGAAGGUAUAA